CGUUUGGUUUUGCCCCUCAGGCCUGCGUCGUGCGCUCUUCGGGCCUCGUUGCGCCGGGAUGAGCUGCGCUCUUUCUCCAUGGAGACCAAACGCCCUGAGAUUCCCGGCAGCGUCUUGGACGACCUGUGCAGUCGAUUUAUUUUGCACAUUCCAAGUGAAGAACGAGACAAUGCAAUUCGAGUCUGUUUUCAGAUUGAGCUUGCCCAUUGGUUUUACCUGGAUUUCUACAUGCAGAACACACCAGGAUUACCUCAGUGUGGGAUAAGAGAUUUUGCUAAAGCUGUUUUCAGCCAUUGUCCUUUUUUGCUUCCUCAAGGCGAAGAUGUUCAGAAGGUUUUAGACGAAUGGAAAGAGUACAAAAUGGGAGUGCCAACUUAUGGUGCAAUCAUUCUUGAUGAGACCCUUGAAAAUGUGCUACUAGUUCAGGGUUAUUUAGCAAAAUCUGGCUGGGGUUUUCCAAAAGGAAAAGUGAAUAAAGAGGAAGCUCCACAUGACUGUGCUGCCAGAGAGGUAUUUGAAGAAACCGGUUUUGAUAUAAAAGAUUUUAUUAAUAAAGAUGACUAUAUUGAAUUAAGAAUCAAUGAUCAGCUAGCACGAUUGUAUAUCAUCCCGGGAAUUCCAAAGGACACAAAAUUUAAUCCUAAAACAAGAAGAGAGAUUCGGAACAUUGAAUGGUUUUCAAUUGAUAAAUUGCCUUGCCAUAGAAAUGACAUGACACCGAAGUCGAAACUAGGUUUGGCACCUAACAAGUUUUUUAUGACCAUUCCCUUCAUCAGACCCUUAAGAGACUGGCUUUCUCGGCGGUAUGGAGACUCUUCAGAUAGUGACAAUGGGUUCUCAUCUGCCAGUAGCAGCACACCACCUAAAUGCAAUAUAGAAAAACAGAGAUCCAAACUCCAUUACAGUCAGCAGGUGUUUACAGAUACACCCAUGGGAGACCAAUCAACAAGGCAGAGGCAAUUACAGCAACAAAAGCCAUAUAACAAUCAUUUGGAGAUGCCUGAAGCUUUAAAACUAAAGAAUGCACGAGGCAAUGGCAAAAAGCAGUAUCAAGAUAUUCCUAAUCAAAAAAAGAGAACAAAUGGAGUUCAGAAUCAGCCUGCCAAACAGAACCAAACUUUGGUAAGAUGCACAAAGAAAUGUGAAAAGAAGCAUCCAAGAAAGCUUCAAGAUAAUUUUGAAACAGAAACAGCGUGUGAUUUGUGCUGUCUCACUGAAGACCAGCAACUAGAACGUGGACAAUCGGUGUCAUGCAAUGGCCAUUGCAAAUUCUCUUUCUCCUCACGUGCUUUUCUGAGCUUCAAGUUUGACCAUGAUGCGAUCAUGAAAAAUUUUGACCUCUGAAGCUUGGUUAUUUGCACAAGCUGACUAGAGUCCUGGCACAGAGCAAUUGAGUGGGUUUUUAAAAUCCAACUUUUACAUUUUCUCAGGUUUUAAAGCAAUGCAGGGACCUAGUGGUGGACUGGAAGGUUUUGUUCUCAUUGUAAUAUGGGAGUAGCACCAUAUAGUGUUGCACUUUAAAUGCAGUCUAGCUUUUACCUGCAAAAAUGCUUUCCAAUAUAUCAUUUAGUAGUUCCUAGCUAUGCAUUAGUGGGCAUUUUUAACUCAUUUGUUGUCUGUCUAGAUUUUGGAGGAGUAUUUUACCUUUGCCUGUGUUAACCUUUUACACAUUUAAAUUGCUCUGAUGUAUGAUAAUGGUUUUAUUUGUGAUACUUUGUGAUACAGCUGCUGAAAACAUACAGAUUUUCUGAAGAGAACAAUAUUCUGUACUGAGCAAGAAGCUAGGUGUUUUAUGAUUCAGAAUGUUGAAAAACAACCUUUUGUUCUGAGAGAAUCGUUCUGCCUGGGAUCUUAUAUCAUUCAAAUCAAUUUAUUUUCCACAUCUUCAUUGUUGCACUGUAUUGGAACUUUUUAAAAAUAUAGGCAUGAUUUAAAUUGUAUUACUAGUGUGAUAUUUUAUCUUACUUUCUAUUCAGUAGUUGCAUUGUUUCAUCUCCAGUGAGAAGAUGGUGGUGAUAUUGGAAUGUGUCUAAUAUAACUUUUACUGUUCCCCAUGUGUGAAAUGUCUAAAUUGUUUCUAACCAGAAUUAUAGGUAUUUUGAAAAAUAAAAUAUGAAAAUGUAUGUUUAGGGAGUUAAUUGUAGCAGAUAGAAUAAAUUAGUUUUGGAAAUAGUACAAAGAAAACUAACAACAACAUUAUAUGAAAUUACAUGGCUUAUUGCUUCUGUGGGAUCCAAACUAAGGAAAAAAUACUCCAGCCAAUCUCAAAGCCCUAUUAGUUACACUGCUUCUGGCAAAAGUUUCAUGGAUGGUCUGAGGAAGCUUUCUAGUUUAAUGGAGCUAUAGAGUUUAAAAUCUCCUCCAAAAAGUAGCACAAGAGGGAAUUAACUAUGCCUGCCAAUAUCAGAUUGGCAGAACAGAUAGCCUGAAUCAGGAAAAAGGAGCAUCAUUGAAAAGCUGGUCCUUUCCCCCCCUCGGAACACCAGAUGUUGAGACUGUGCCAUUUACUGCCUGUAGGAACACCACCAGUUGACAUAGAAGGGUUUCCACAGUAAUGGAAUUGUUGGCAGAAGGGCACCAUCACCCUAUGCUAAUCCCUUCCUUCAUACAAGAACAAGGGCUUUUGUUAGGUUUCUACCAUUUUAUUUCAGUAUUUUGGUCUGACUUAAAAUUGAGUUUGAUUUCAGAGUAUUAGCUCAAAAAUGCUUUGUGCUACAUCAGUGUAAACAUGGAACAAAAUAGCAACAAUCAAUAAAACCUGAACUUAAAGUCCUAGCCCAAAAUACACUGAUGGAAUGCAUGUAAAUACAGAUUGUAUAAAAACCUCUACUGGAUUUUGUUUCCUCAGUGCUCUAGCCGUAUUGUGACAGUUUGGAUUCACAGUAUUCACUUAGAUUUCUGAAAUUUAAUUAGAAUAGGCUUGAAAGUUAAGCAUAGCCCAUUUGCUUGCAAAAUUCCUGCAACAUAUAACUACCCUUGUUAAAGGAUCAUACAGUGAAAUUUAUAUAUAAGUACCAUAUUGUAAGCCUUCUUCAUAACAGCAAAAUAGGUGCAGACUAAUUUCCAAGUAAGUUCAGUUUUCUUUAUUGAUCAUUUUGUAAAUAAUUGAAUUAGAGACUAACCUAAUGGCUAUAUGCCUGCUUUCUGCAUCCACAUUUAUUCAUAACAUGAAGUUAAUGGAAUUUGCAUAUCUGUUAAAAGUAAGAUAGUUGAAACACUGGUGAUGAAGAUGCCAUAUUCUUUUGUUUAAUCUUCAUCUGUGAAAAUAACUUUUUGGUCAGUAUUUAACGUAGGUUGAAUCUUGUAGUGCCUAAUUUACUAACUUCUCAAUCAUUGAAAAUUGGAUUUUCAGGCUGCUAGUGCCAAUAUUCUUCUGAUUUCCAGAAAUGUUACUGUUUUAUGCUGCUUCCUUUGUGUGAUGCCAUUAAUAAGAGGAACUUUGGCAGUUAUCUGUAUUUUGAAUAUGAGGUGCUUAAGUGAUAUACUAGCAAUGUGAGAUUAAUUUUCCUAGCUAAAGUAACUUUUAUAGGGCACACAUUCUUUGCUUUUGAAUAUAGACAGUGUUUUCUGUUUUGCAGAGAAUAAUUUCUUAAGAAAAUCCAGUGUCUGACUACUACUUUGUUGAUGGCUUCCCAGGGACUCUAAAAUACUAAUUUUGGUUUAUUAACCUAGCCUUAAUACAGGUUGCAAAUUAACAUAGUAACAUGUGCAAUAAUUAUCUCUUUUACUGGAUAUUAUAUAGCACAUGACUAUAUUUCUUAAUUUGACCCUAUCAUGUAUAUGGUGUUCAAGAAUGGAAAAUAAUGUAGUAGUUCCUGGGUGCCCUGCACUGUGAACAUUUCAGAUUGUUUACCUCUUUGGUUAGUAAUUAUGC